GUAAAUGUCGUAAAUAGUUGUCGGUCCCAUUUAUUAAAAUUUUCAUUGAAUAAGACGAAUAUCCGACUAUCAGAUAAUCUAUUUACGAACGAUGCGGUAGAGAAACACUAAGAAUAUUAAAAGAGGUUAUCCGGUUGUGAGUGGUAAAGAUGGAAAGGGGCAAGAUGUCGUCUUCGGGUCGCGGAGGCAAGAGCAAGGCUCCGCAGCACCCGCAGGACAUCUUCGCGCUGGGCACCAAGUCUACUGUCGUCGUAUCGCGAGACCAGGAGAAGAGGAACAUACACAAACCCUCAAGUAGUGGUGUAGAACGCAAACGUGAAGGCACAUCAACUUUUGGUGCUGCUCCCCCCACCAAGAGAUCUAGAAUUGGCUCGCCAGCAGAGGCUGUUGGAGGGACAUCCUUAGAGGUGGACCCUGUGGAUCUUGUCCCCAAUGUGCUGCAAGCUUUGGAUACCCAUAACUCUGAUAAAUUGCUUGGUCUUCUCACAGGCUCGAUCCGUCUACUCAAGUCCCAACGCUCCAAACCUGAUCCAAUCCUUUGCAUGAGUAUGCUAUACUUGUGCAAAAUCCGGCCGAACAUGUUUGCACAUGACGUUGUGACCCAGAGUCUAUGCACGCUGUUGAAAAGGGAGCAGGGCGCUGCAUUCAAAAGUAAAGGAAAUCCGCUGGUGUUCGUACUGGCGUGCAAUAUGCUGUAUGCUGGGCAUAGGGAUAGUAAUAAUUGGCCUGAUACUUUUAUUAAGGUGUACAUUGAAGAUGCCUUGAACGAGAGGUGGUGGGUGGAAUGUUCAUGGUGUAAGUGCUUGGUUGAGAACAUCGCCACCGCCUUUAGCACCAAGACUCCUCCUCCACAUCUCAUCCCAUCUGACAGUGCACUUGCAGCUGGCGGCACGAUGUCGCCGUCAGGGUCGGGUUCUCCGCUGAUGGGAAGCACGGACGACGAUCCUGACAACACGGACCUAGAGUACACCGUGUUUCCCAGAUAUUCGAGUAGCUACGAGACUGUUGAAGCAUUGGUGCUGGAAGCUAUUAAAGAGCAGAUCCAGCGGCGAGCCGCGCCGGACGCCAUUGGGAAAGGGUUCUUGAAGCUGCUGUCUGCUACUUGCGGGUUCCCUGAGAUCCGCAUGAUAUCCGCGUCCCGCCUCGAAGCGUGGCUCCACUCGGGCAAGCUGUGGCGCGCGGCGCAGGAGCUGCUCGCGUACGUGUGCUGCAACGCCGACGCGUGCGGGCCCACGGCGGCGCGCGACCACGAGGUGCUGGCGCAGCUGGCCCGCAUGCGGCUCAAGACCAAGCCGCUGCAGCAGGCCUACCAGGCCUGCCUCAGGGAGAUGGUGUCCGACAGCCCGGCACUACUCCGCAGCGUGGUGACUCACACGAUCUACAACGAGCUGUCCAACGUGCGCUCCCCGAACAACAUGGCGGUGCUGGCCGCGCUCAUACAAGCGCAGCCGCAAGCUGUGCCCGCUGCUAUGGCGGACACGUAUCAGGAGCUAGUACUGCGUCAAGAGGACUACCUGCGUCCGCUGCGCGCUCUGUCCCGGGAGUGCGUGCGCGCGGCGCGGGCCGACGCUGCGGCGCUCGUGCCGCUGGCGCGCGCGCUCGCCGCGCCGCCGCCGCACGACCCGCCCACCGAGGAGCUGGUGCUGCGUCACGAGGACUACCUGCGGCCGCUGUGUAGGGAGUGCGUGCGCGCGGCGCGGGCCGACGCUGCGGCGCUCGUGCCGCUGGAGCUGGUGCUGCGUCACGAGGACUACCUGCGGCCGCUGUGUAGGGAGUGCGUGCGCGCGGCGCGGGCCGACGCUGCGGCGCUCGUGCCGCUGGAGCUGGUGCUGCGUCACGAGGACUACCUGCGGCCGCUGUGUAGGGAGUGCGUGCGCGCGGCGCGGGCCGACGCUGCGGCGCUCGUGCCGCUGGCGCGCGCGCUCGCCGCGCCGCCGCCGCACGACCCGCCCACCGAGGAGCUGGUGCUGCGUCACGAGGACUACCUGCGGCCGCUGUGUAGGGAGUGCGUGCGCGCGGCGCGGGCCGACGCUGCGGCGCUCGUGCCGCUGGCGCGCCGCCGCCGCACGACCCGCCCACCGAGGACUACCUGCGGCCGCUGUGUAGGGAGUGCGUGCGCGCGGCGCGGGCCGACGCUGCGGCGCUCGUGCCGCUGGCGCGCCGCCGCCGCACGACCCGCCCACCGAGGUAACCUCACUCUUGAGCUGGUGCUGCGUCACGAGGACUACCUGCGGCCGCUGUGUAGGGAGUGCGUGCGCGCGGCGCGGGCCGACGCUGCGGCGCUCGUGCCGCUGGCGCGCGCGCUCGCCGCGCCGCCGCCGCACGACCCGCCCACCGAGGACUACCUGCGGCCGCUGUGUAGGGAGUGCGUGCGCGCGGCGCGGGCCGACGCUGCGGCGCUCGUGCCGCUGGCGCGCGCGCUCGCCGCGCCGCCGCCGCACGACCCGCCCACCGAGGAGCUGGUGCUGCGUCACGAGGACUACCUGCGGCCGCUGUGUAGGGAGUGCGUGCGCGCGGCGCGGGCCGACGCUGCGGCGCUCGUGCCGCUGGCGCGCGCGCUCGCCGCGCCGCCGCCGCACGACCCGCCCACCGAGGAGCUGGUGCUGCGUCACGAGGACUACCUGCGGCCGCUGUGUAGGGAGUGCGUGCGCGCGGCGCGGGCCGACGCUGCGGCGCUCGUGCCGCUGGCGCGCGCGCUCGGCGCGCCGCCGCCGCACGACCCGCCCACCGAGGACUACCUGCGGCCGCUGUGUAGGGAGUGCGUGCGCGCGGCGCGGGCCGACGCUGCGGCGCUCGUGCCGCUGGCGCGCGCGCUCGCCGCGCCGCCGCCGCACGACCCGCCCACCGAGGACUACCUGCGGCCGCUGUGUAGGGAGUGCGUGCGCGCGGCGCGGGCCGACGCUGCGGCGCUCGUGCCGCUGGCGCGCGCGCUCGCCGCGCCGCCGCCGCACGACCCGCCCACCGAGGAGCUGGUGCUGCGUCACGAGGACUACCUGCGGCCGCUGUGUAGGGAGUGCGUGCGCGCGGCGCGGGCCGACGCUGCGGCGCUCGUGCCGCUGGCGCGCCGCCGCCGCACGACCCGCCCACCGAGGAGCUGGUGCUGCGUCACGAGGACUACCUGCGGCCGCUGUGUAGGGAGUGCGUGCGCGCGGCGCGGGCCGACGCUGCGGCGCUCGUGCCGCUGGCGCGCCGCCGCCGCACGACCCGCCCACCGAGGUAACCUCACUCUUGAGCUGGUGCUGCGUCACGAGGACUACCUGCGGCCGCUGUGUAGGGAGUGCGUGCGCGCGGCGCGGGCCGACGCUGCGGCGCUCGUGCCGCUGGCGCGCCGCCGCCGCACGACCCGCCCACCGAGGAGCUGGUGCUGCGUCACGAGGACUACCUGCGGCCGCUGUGUAGGGAGUGCGUGCGCGCGGCGCGGGCCGACGCUGCGGCGCUCGUGCCGCUGGCGCGCCGCCGCCGCACGACCCGCCCACCGAGGUAACCUCACUCUUGAGCUGGUGCUGCGUCACGAGGACUACCUGCGGCCGCUGUGUAGGGAGUGCGUGCGCGCGGCGCGGGCCGACGCUGCGGCGCUCGUGCCGCUGGCGCGCGCGCUCGCCGCGCCGCCGCCGCACGACCCGCCCACCGAGAUUCGAGAGCGCGCGUUCAACUCCAUCGCCGACCUUUUCUGCUGUCUGUGCCUAGUGACCGCGUCGCACAGCAAACACAUCCCCGAGUACCGUCAGCAACUCUGCGUGAUCCAGUGCUGCGCGCUAGGAUGGUUGCUAGACACGGCGGCGGCAGUGUACCGUCCGCAGAGACACGACUUCCAGCUAGCGCUCAAUAAAAUAAUGUUCGUGGAGCCAGCGGACACGUACAGCAAGCCAGACAACUGGCCACCGGAGUCCGAGCGAGCGCUCACAUACCGACUCUGCUGCGAAACGCCCCUGCCACAGAACACCCUGCUGCGCGUCAUCUUCAUCGGUCUCGCCAAGGAGAUCCCAGUAGGCCCGGCCGAAACAUUCGAAUUAGUUGAACAACUAGUCCGUCGCGCCUGCGCCUUGCCACCGGACGACACUCCCCUACCCGUGGACAAGUUGGAACUGGCUGACUACGUGUUCCAACUAUGCCAGUUCACUCCGCCCACAACAUCACUUUACCACCCGGGUAAAUAUACACCUUAUCUCAAACACAUAAGGUUUACAUUCGAACUAGUUGAACAACUAGUCCGUCGCGGCUGCGCCUUGCCACCGGACGACACUCCCCUACCCGUGGACAAGUUGGAACUGGCUGACUACGUGUUCCAACUGUGCCAGUUUACCCCGCCCGACAACAUCACCUUACCACCCGGGUACACGGCACCCCCACUAGCGAUCACGUCACUAUACUGGCGAGGAUGGAUCCUGCUGGUGAUGCUGGCGGCGCACAACCCCGGCGGGUUCGCCGAGCGCGCCGCCGCCACCUACCCCACGCUGCGGGCCCUCAUCGAGACCUGCAUCACCGGUAAACCUAGCGUGGAAUGGAGCAACAGUGCCGCAGAAGCGGAACGGUUAGAAGCCGAGCGAGCCGCUGUACUGCAGCUAGAGACGCACCUCGCAGCCGCCAGCAACGCCAAGCUGCCCAUUACUGAACACAACUCUCGGCUGCUCAGUCAGCUGACGACCCUAGACCCACUCGGGCCGGCGCGCAAGCCCCCAGCUUCCAUCCUCGAGAGCUUGCAGCAGACCAGCCAGGCGCUCCGCCUCGGCCGCCUGCUGUGCCGGCAGCCAGCCUUGCUGCUCGAGCUGGUGGAGCGGCACGGCACGCGCCGCGCCAUGCCCUGGCUGCACCAGCUGCUGCGCCACGACCAGCUCGAGCUCAGUGUGCUACCAGUCCAAUGUCUCUGCGAGUUCCUAUCCGCGGGCGGUGCGGGCGGCGAAGCAGGCAAAGCGGGCGAGCUGGCCGCUCACCUGCGGCGCACGGUGGCGGCGAGCGAGGAGGGCGCGCGCGCCGUGCUGCAGUACUACACGCAGCGACUCGCGCACUCGCAUGCGCCUACCCGCGCACAAGCUAACAGGGGCCUCAAACUAGUUCUGACGCAGGCCGAAGAUACGGCUGAAAUGGACUACAACGCAGACGUCGGCCCUGAAGAGUGGCUGGAGCUGCUAGUCCAGCUUCACCACUGGGAUGCAGUCCGCGACGAGGUCCUCGCUCGCCUCCGCGCCGCCUGCCUCGCCGAGUGCGUGCCGCGCCACCUCGCCGCCUACAUCGCCUUCCUGGCCGAGCACGCCGACACCCUCCCUCCCCUAGUGCUGGACUUAAGCCAAGUGGUGAUGGAACGACAAGUAGUGAUAGGCGGCGUACUUCCACCGGCGGAACCCCGAGCUGUGCCUGAUCGUCUGCAGCACCGCACUCUGCACGCCAUCACCUCGAUCUUCUACACACACUUGCGGAAGGCGCGCACAGCGGGAGCCCUGCCGCCGGAGUUGGGCUCGGAGUGGGGCUCGGGCGGCGCGGCGGCGGGCGACGUGGUGACGCUGCAGUGGAGCUCCGCCGCCGCCGCCGUGCCCUCUGUCGUCGCGCACGCGCACUACAAGCUGCUGUGCUACGGCCCUUCCGCGUACGACACGAACCAAGAAAUGUAUUCCUGGCUAGAAUCAGUCUGGGUGGGGGAACCCCCGACGGCCUUCGCCGCGGACGGCACCGCCACCAGCCUGCUGCCGGACUGGCUGCGGUUGCACCUCGUGCGGUCAGCAAGGCCGGCGCUGCUGGAGCUCGGGCUGCGGGCCCUCCCCGCGCAUAAGCUGGCGCUCUUCAUACAGACGUUUGGCAUGCCGCGGUCCGCCUGCAGCGCCCUGCUGGCGGCCCUGGACGCGUGCCCGGCGGCGGCCGUGCUGCGGCUGGGCGUGGAGCGCGGCUACAUGGCGCAGCUGCUGCUGGUGCAGCGCGCGCGCGGCUGCACGGGCGGCGAGGCCUUCGCGGCCGCGCUGCGCCUGCAGCCGCCGCCCUACCCGCCCGGUAUCGCCCUGCUGGCGGCCCUGGACGCGUGCCCGGCGGCGGCCGUGCUGCGGCUGGGCGUGGAGCGCGGCUACAUGGCGCAGCUGCUGCUGGUGCAGCGCGCGCGCGGCUGCACGGGCGGCGAGGCCUUCGCGGCCGCGCUGCGCCUGCAGCCGCCGCCCUACCCGCCCGGUAUCGCCCUGCUGGCGGCCCUGGACGCGUGCCCGGCGGCGGCCGUGCUGCGGCUGGGCGUGGAGCGCGGCUACAUGGCGCAGCUGCUGCUGGUGCAGCGCGCGCGCGGCUGCACGGGCGGCGAGGCCUUCGCGGCCGCGCUGCGCCUGCAGCCGCCGCCCUACCCGCCCGGUAUCGCCCUGCUGGCGGCCCUGGACGCGUGCCCGGCGGCGGCCGUGCUGCGGCUGGGCGUGGAGCGCGGCUACAUGGCGCAGCUGCUGCUGGUGCAGCGCGCGCGCGGCUGCACGGGCGGCGAGGCCUUCGCGGCCGCGCUGCGCCUGCAGCCGCCGCCCUACCCGCCCGGUAUCGCCCUGCUGGCGGCCCUGGACGCGUGCCCGGCGGCGGCCGUGCUGCGGCUGGGCGUGGAGCGCGGCUACAUGGCGCAGCUGCUGCUGGUGCAGCGCGCGCGCGGCUGCACGGGCGGCGAGGCCUUCGCGGCCGCGCUGCGCCUGCAGCCGCCGCCCUACCCGCCCGGUAUCGCCCUGCUGGCGGCCCUGGACGCGUGCCCGGCGGCGGCCGUGCUGCGGCUGGGCGUGGAGCGCGGCUACAUGGCGCAGCUGCUGCUGGUGCAGCGCGCGCGCGGCUGCACGGGCGGCGAGGCCUUCGCGGCCGCGCUGCGCCUGCAGCCGCCGCCCUACCCGCCCGGUAUCGCCCUGCUGGCGGCCCUGGACGCGUGCCCGGCGGCGGCCGUGCUGCGGCUGGGCGUGGAGCGCGGCUACAUGGCGCAGCUGCUGCUGGUGCAGCGCGCGCGCGGCUGCACGGGCGGCGAGGCCUUCGCGGCCGCGCUGCGCCUGCAGCCGCCGCCCUACCCGCCCGGUAUCGCCCUGCUGGCGGCCCUGGACGCGUGCCCGGCGGCGGCCGUGCUGCGGCUGGGCGUGGAGCGCGGCUACAUGGCGCAGCUGCUGCUGGUGCAGCGCGCGCGCGGCUGCACGGGCGGCGAGGCCUUCGCGGCCGCGCUGCGCCUGCAGCCGCCGCCCUACCCGCCCGGUAUCGCCCUGCUGGCGGCCCUGGACGCGUGCCCGGCGGCGGCCGUGCUGCGGCUGGGCGUGGAGCGCGGCUACAUGGCGCAGCUGCUGCUGGUGCAGCGCGCGCGCGGCUGCACGGGCGGCGAGGCCUUCGCGGCCGCGCUGCGCCUGCAGCCGCCGCCCUACCCGCCCGGUAUCGCCCUGCUGGCGGCCCUGGACGCGUGCCCGGCGGCGGCCGUGCUGCGGCUGGGCGUGGAGCGCGGCUACAUGGCGCAGCUGCUGCUGGUGCAGCGCGCGCGCGGCUGCACGGGCGGCGAGGCCUUCGCGGCCGCGCUGCGCCUGCAGCCGCCGCCCUACCCGCCCGGUAUCGCCCUGCUGGCGGCCCUGGACGCGUGCCCGGCGGCGGCCGUGCUGCGGCUGGGCGUGGAGCGCGGCUACAUGGCGCAGCUGCUGCUGGUGCAGCGCGCGCGCGGCUGCACGGGCGGCGAGGCCUUCGCGGCCGCGCUGCGCCUGCAGCCGCCGCCCUACCCGCCCGGUAUCGCCCUGCUGGCGGCCCUGGACGCGUGCCCGGCGGCGGCCGUGCUGCGGCUGGGCGUGGAGCGCGGCUACAUGGCGCAGCUGCUGCUGGUGCAGCGCGCGCGCGGCUGCACGGGCGGCGAGGCCUUCGCGGCCGCGCUGCGCCUGCAGCCGCCGCCCUACCCGCCCGGUAUCGCCCUGCUGGCGGCCCUGGACGCGUGCCCGGCGGCGGCCGUGCUGCGGCUGGGCGUGGAGCGCGGCUACAUGGCGCAGCUGCUGCUGGUGCAGCGCGCGCGCGGCUGCACGGGCGGCGAGGCCUUCGCGGCCGCGCUGCGCCUGCAGCCGCCGCCCUACCCGCCCGGUAUCGCCCUGCUGGCGGCCCUGGACGCGUGCCCGGCGGCGGCCGUGCUGCGGCUGGGCGUGGAGCGCGGCUACAUGGCGCAGCUGCUGCUGGUGCAGCGCGCGCGCGGCUGCACGGGCGGCGAGGCCUUCGCGGCCGCGCUGCGCCUGCAGCCGCCGCCCUACCCGCCCGGUAUCGCCCUGCUGGCGGCCCUGGACGCGUGCCCGGCGGCGGCCGUGCUGCGGCUGGGCGUGGAGCGCGGCUACAUGGCGCAGCUGCUGCUGGUGCAGCGCGCGCGCGGCUGCUCGGGCGGCGAGGCCUUCGCGGCCGCGCUGCGCCUGCAGCCGCCGCCCUACCCGCCCGGUAUCGCCCUGCUGGCGGCCCUGGACGCGUGCCCGGCGGCGGCCGUGCUGCGGCUGGGCGUGGAGCGCGGCUACAUGGCGCAGCUGCUGCUGGUGCAGCGCGCGCGCGGCUGCACGGGCGGCGAGGCCUUCGCGGCCGCGCUGCGCCUGCAGCCGCCGCCCUACCCGCCCGGUAUCGCCCUGCUGGCGGCCCUGGACGCGUGCCCGGCGGCGGCCGUGCUGCGGCUGGGCGUGGAGCGCGGCUACAUGGCGCAGCUGCUGCUGGUGCAGCGCGCGCGCGGCUGCACGGGCGGCGAGGCCUUCGCGGCCGCGCUGCGCCUGCAGCCGCCGCCCUACCAGCCCGAUGACACACUAUUCGAAGAAGAGCCCCUCCCCUCCGAAGACGAGGACGAAUGCGCUCCAAUCCCACUAGUCAUCCAACCAGAGCAGGUCCCAGCCUUGCUGACCAGCGCCUUCUGCGGCGGCACCUACCCCGGAGACUUGGAUGUCGCCUUCACUGAACUUAACGCCAAAAUAACAGAAGAAGUGAAGAAACUCCGCGAAAACGUCCCAACCGACUGCCCCUACAUACAACGUGUGACCAUGUUCCUGCAAGCCGCGGACAGCGCCGUCCUGCGCGGCAUGCCCGGCGCCAGCCACGCCGCCGUGCUGCUGCGCAGCCUCACGCUAGCUCGCUGGGCGCCGCUCCGAGAGGUGUGCUCAAAUUUACUGAAGCAGUUCAAAUGCCCCGCGGGCCCGGUAGCGAACCUGCUGACGCAACUGGCGGCCCCUGAGAGGCGAGCAGCCCGCACUAUACCAACCCUGCCACACGCCACCAAGGAACAACUCAUCGCCGCGCUGGAAGCUGCGACUCCAAACACCUUAGAGGCAAUUGGAAAUCGCAUCAUAGAGACACAAAACACUCGUUUGGUGGUGGACGUUAUCUCCACGCUUCUGGAGAAGAAUCAGCAGGGCGCUUACGAAUCCGAGGUGAAAGUGGAAAUAGGUUCUGAGCCGCCCACUCCGCACGUGUUCGCUCGGCGCGGGCUCGGCUGUGGGCUGCUGUUGGACUGGAUGUCAGAGUUGCAGCGAGAGACGCUCGGCCCGCAGCCAGAACGACAAAUGCGGCUAAUGUUCCGGUCGGGGUCGGCGGCGUGGCGGCCGCUGCUGGUGACGCUGCUGGCGCACCGCGCCUCGUGGCGCACGCUGCACACCUGCCUCUCUACCUUACUGCAGCCUAACGGGGGCUGGGCAGCGAGCGGGGUGCUGGACUUCGCGGAGACGCUGAUGGGCUCGGAGCGCGUGUGGCAGGGCCGCGACCGCGCCGCGCCCCGGCGCCAGGCGCCCUGCCAUCUGCACAGGCUCACUCACCCGCAGUUGGAAGUCCUAAUCAAAUACAUAAUGGAGGAGGCCUCGGAAGCCGGCCCCGACCUGGACAGCAUGCGGCGCCGCAUCGAGGCGCGCCUCCCGCUCGCGCUGCGCUGCGCGCCCGACCCGCCGGCCCUGCUCGCCGCCGCCGCCGCCGCGGAACCUUUACUGUUGCUGCUGUUAUACAUGAAGGUGCCAAAGAUCCGCCAACUUCUAAUGGAGAGUGCGGAGCGCCCCCUAACCACCUGCCCACUGGAAGGCGCGGAGCCCUACCAGCGAGUAGCCGCCGGCUCCACCAGCGCCACCGACCGCGUCUCCCACACGCUGCUGACGGCGCUCGCGCACCCGAGCAAGGAGCACGGCAAGGAGGCCAACUUCAAGACAUGGAGACUGGAAGCCGGCGUGCGCUCCCUGUGGGCGCGCGUGGCGGGCGCGGGCGCGCGCGCGCUGCCGCUGGCCGGCGCGCUGCUGCGCGGCGCGGUGCCGGCGCCGGCCCGCGCGCAUCUGCUGUCCGCGCUGGAGCUGCUGCCUGACCACGAGCUGCAGCGACCUGACACUAGGACGUGGAGACUGGAAGCCGGCGUGCGCUCCCUGUGGGCGCGCGUGGCGGGCGCGGGCGCGCGCGCGCUGCCGCUGGCCGGCGCGCUGCUGCGCGGCGCGGUGCCGGCGCCGGCCCGCGCGCAUCUGCUGUCCGCGCUGGAGCUGCUGCCUGACCACGAGCUGCAGCGACCUGACACUAGGACGUGGAGACUGGAAGCCGGCGUGCGCUCCCUGUGGGCGCGCGUGGCGGGCGCGGGCGCGCGCGCGCUGCCGCUGGCCGGCGCGCUGCUGCGCGGCGCGGUGCCGGCGCCGGCCCGCGCGCAUCUGCUGUCCGCGCUGGAGCUGCUGCCUGACCACGAGCUGCAGCGACCUGACACUAGGACGUGGAGACUGGAAGCCGGCGUGCGCUCCCUGUGGGCGCGCGUGGCGGGCGCGGGCGCGCGCGCGCUGCCGCUGGCCGGCGCGCUGCUGCGCGGCGCGGUGCCGGCGCCGGCCCGCGCGCAUCUGCUGUCCGCGCUGGAGCUGCUGCCUGACCACGAGCUGCAGCGACCUGACACUAGGACGUGGAGACUGGAAGCCGGCGUGCGCUCCCUGUGGGCGCGCGUGGCGGGCGCGGGCGCGCGCGCGCUGCCGCUGGCCGGCGCGCUGCUGCGCGGCGCGGUGCCGGCGCCGGCCCGCGCGCAUCUGCUGUCCGCGCUGGAGCUGCUGCCUGACCACGAGCUGCAGCGACCUGACACUAGGACGUGGAGACUGGAAGCCGGCGUGCGCUCCCUGUGGGCGCGCGUGGCGGGCGCGGGCGCGCGCGCGCUGCCGCUGGCCGGCGCGCUGCUGCGCGGCGCGGUGCCGGCGCCGGCCCGCGCGCAUCUGCUGUCCGCGCUGGAGCUGCUGCCUGACCACGAGCUGCAGCGACCUGACACUAGGACGUGGAGACUGGAAGCCGGCGUGCGCUCCCUGUGGGCGCGCGUGGCGGGCGCGGGCGCGCGCGCGCUGCCGCUGGCCGGCGCGCUGCUGCGCGGCGCGGUGCCGGCGCCGGCCCGCGCGCAUCUGCUGUCCGCGCUGGAGCUGCUGCCUGACCACGAGCUGCAGCGACCUGACACUAGGACGUGGAGACUGGAAGCCGGCGUGCGCUCCCUGUGGGCGCGCGUGGCGGGCGCGGGCGCGCGCGCGCUGCCGCUGGCCGGCGCGCUGCUGCGCGGCGCGGUGCCGGCGCCGGCCCGCGCGCAUCUGCUGUCCGCGCUGGAGCUGCUGCCUGACCACGAGCUGCAGCGACCUGACACUAGGACGUGGAGACUGGAAGCCGGCGUGCGCUCCCUGUGGGCGCGCGUGGCGGGCGUGGGCGCGCGCGCGCUGCCGCUGGCCGGCGCGCUGCUGCGCGGCGCGGUGCCGGCGCCGGCCCGCGCGCAUCUGCUGUCCGCGCUGGAGCUGCUGCCUGAUCACGAACUACAACGACCUGAUACAAGCGAAGAAGUGCAGAACAUUCUGGAGUGCUUCGUACAAAUGGCGGCAGCCGGCGGGCGAGAACGAGACCGUGACUCGGCACUACAACACCGAGUGGCGGCACUCAUGCGCCGCGUCGCUGCGCAUAGCCCGCCUCGCACGCAUGGAUCCCUGAGCGCACUGGGCGAGGAGCCCGGCGCGGCGCCCGCCUCGGCCGCGCCGCCGCCGCAAGCAAUGAUGGCGCUGCAACGGAGAGACCCUCCUGACGAUUUACACAUAUAUAUACAGGAAAUCGACCAAUGGGGCAGCCGUCGUGGCGGCGCUUGGGGCGGGCCGGGCGCCGCCACCGCGCUGCUGCGCGCGCUGGCGCCGCUGUGCGCCGCGCCCGGCGCCGUGACGAGGACGGCCGCGCUGGGCCUGCUCACCAAGCUGCUGCCGGCUGUCCCUGACCCUACACCCGGUCUAGACGCCAUCAUGGAAUGCUUGGACUCAUCACUUCCAGAAGUCGCGCAGUCCGUGAUCGACAAGCUGCCGGAGCUGGUCGUCGGCAUGCAGGAGCACGCCGCGAAAGUGCUACUCAAGGUGUUCAACCUGGGCGUGCGCAGCCGCCUGCCCGUCGAGACCAGCCUGGCGCGCUCCGUGGCCGCCAUCAACCUGCAGCGAGGCUGCUGAACACCGAACACCAACUCCAUACACAAACACCUCCUGAUC